CGGGAGGAGACACAUGCGCGCUGCCUGCCGCCGCCGCCGCCGCCGCCGCCGCCGCAGUCCUUAGCUUCCCGGGGACAGGAAACCUUCGAGACCGAGCUGCCACUGCCGCCUCCCCGACUGCCCCCGUUCGGCGCGCCUGCCACACCCUCCUCCCCUCUUCCACGAUCUUUCGGUGGGGCACUGCAGGGACUCGGCCCGCGCUGCCGUCUCCCCCUCCCGGGGGAGCGCUGUGACCCCCCCCGCAGGAGCGGCGGGGCGGGGUGGGGGGGCCCGGGAGAAGAUGGCGACGCCGGGAAGCGAACCCCAACCUUUCGUCCCUGCCCUCUCGGUGGCUCCUCUGCACCCACAUCAUCAUCCCCACCACCAUCCCCACCAUCAGCACCACGGAGGAACGGGAGCCAACAGCGGGGUCGGGGGAGGCGGCGGCGGCGGCAGCGGGGGCUUCAACCUGCCCUUGAACCGGGGGCUGGAGCGCGCGCUGGAGGAAGCGGCCAAUUCCGGGGGGUUGAACCUCAGCGCCAGGAAAUUGAAGGAAUUUCCCCGGACCGCGGCCCCCGGUCACGACCUCUCGGACACGGUGCAGGCAGAUUUAUCUAAAAACAGACUGGUCGAAGUCCCAAUGGAAUUGUGCCAUUUUGUAUCACUGGAAAUUCUUAAUCUGUAUCAUAAUUGCAUCAGAGUCAUUCCUGAGGCGAUCAUUAAUCUGCAGAUGCUGACUUACUUAAACUUGAGUCGAAAUCAGCUGUCUGCCCUGCCUGCCUGCCUGUGUGGUCUGCCUCUCAAAGUCUUAAUCGCAAGUAACAACAAACUUGGAUCGCUGCCAGAAGAGAUAGGUCAGCUCAAACAGUUAAUGGAGUUGGACGUCAGCUGCAACGAGAUCACAGCCCUGCCCCAGCAGAUAGGUCAGUUGAAAGCUCUACGGGAACUGAAUGUCAGAAGAAAUUACCUUAAAGUCUUACCACAAGAACUAGUAGAACUUCCCUUGGUAAAGUUUGACUUUUCCUGCAAUAAAGUGCUCGUGAUUCCCAUUUGUUUUAGAGAGAUGAAACGGCUGCAGGUAUUACUACUUGAGAACAACCCUUUGCAGUCUCCUCCAGCACAGAUUUGCACAAAGGGCAAAGUGCACAUAUUCAAGUAUCUGAGCAUACAAGCAUGUCAGAUGAAGACAACCGACUCCCUCUAUCUCCACACGAUGGAGAGGCCACAUUUACACCAGCACGUGGAGGACAGCAAGAAGGAUUCUGAUUCGGGCGUUGGAAGUGAUAAUGGAGACAAGCGUUUAUCUGCCACAGAGCCUUCUGAUGAAGACACGGUUAGCCUCAACGUGCCAAUGUCAAAUAUCAUGGAAGAAGAACAGAUCAUCAAGGAGGACUCGUGCCAUCGCCUUAGCCCAGUUAAAGGGGACUUUCAUCAGGAAUUUCAACCAGAGCCUUCCCUUCUGGGGGACAAUGACAACUCAGGAGAAGAAAGAGACCAAUUUACUGAUGGAAGAGAUGUUCUCCGUUCAGAAUUUAUAACGUAUAUUAAGGAUAGGGCUGAGGACUGUGAAGAACUGUUACGGAUAGAAGAGGACACGCACUGGCAACCUGAGGGAAUAAUAAGUUCAUCCAAAGACCAGGAUGUGGAUAUGGCGAUGAUCGAACAGCUGAGAGAAGCGGUAGAUUUGCUGCAAGAUCCCGACAGAUUAAGCACAGAUGUUUCAGAGAGAAAUGUUGUAAACUUUUAUCCUGUGGAAUCAGCAGAAGCCUUAGACUUACAAGAUUCUGCACUAAAUGGUCAAAUACAGCUGGAGACCUCUCCCGUUUGUGAGGUGCAAAAUGACCUAACAUUACAGAGUAAUGGGAGCGAGUAUUCUCCAAAUGAGAUUAGAGCCAACUCCCCUGCCAUCUCUCCUACCGCCAACAGCACGGGGCCGUUUGGCCUGAAGCCUCGAUCAGUGUUUCUGAGACCUCAGAGAAAUUUGGAAUCUAUAGACCCACAGUUUACAAUUCGGAGGAAAAUGGAACAGAUGAGAGAAGAGAAGGAAUUGGUGGAACAUCUCCGCGAGAGCAUCGAGAUGAGACUCAAGGUCAGCCUGCAUGAAGACCUGGGGGCCGCACUCAUGGAUGGCGUGGUCCUCUGUCACCUGGUCAAUCACAUCCGCCCGCGCUCCGUCGCAAGCAUCCAUGUCCCGUCACCAGCAGUUCCCAAACUUAGCAUGGCCAAAUGCAGAAGAAAUGUGGAAAACUUUUUGGAAGCCUGUCGAAAAUUAGGAGUACCAGAGGAAAAACUGUGUCUACCCCAUCACAUCCUUGAAGAGAAAGGCCUGGUCAAAGUGGGCAUUACUGUUCAAGCAUUACUAGAUGUAACGGUAACGAAGUCUCUGUUCACAUGAAACCAGCUCCUCUCCUUUGGGUCGGUUCAGACUCGUCUCUCGUCAGAGAUCCUGAACUCUGCUCUCAGCACCUGUUCCUCCUACCCUCCCGCUCACUACCUGUCAGUUCCCUGGCUCUAGUUGCAUUGAAGGGAGGACAUAAGGGAAGAUGUUUCUGCCUUUCAGAACUGACCUCCACUGUUAAGAUAUGAGAGAUAUUUACCUUAAAGCCAGUGAGGGAGCUGUCUGUGAAGAACUGAGCAGCACAUCGAUGCCUUUUACAACCUCCUUCCAUCCCUACGCUCACCUACUGCCAUUACCGAAACACCAAGCACAACCGUUUUUGCAACAAGACGCAUUUGUUUUAUUCAAACCAAACUUCUUGUGUAUUUGGUGGGGGGAGGGGGGGGGAACUCAAUCAGGUUUUUCACCACCAAAUUUUUCAAGACGUUUCUUGAGACCAUUGCCUUUUAAAAAACUAUUUUCGACAUACAAAAUAUUUAUAUAAAUAUUAUUUAUUAGUGAGUUGUUAUUUCAUCCUUUGGAUGCAAAUUGUAAAUUAGGAAACUAUUUUAUUACUGCUUUUUUGUGGUUAAACACUUUAUUUUAAUAUUAUAAAUAUUGAAUUAUUUUCUAUGCUCUUUGGUGUGCAGUAGUUGUAGGUCUCAGUAAUCACGUUUUCUGGUGUUUGUGACUCAGAAACAAACAAACAAAAAAAUGAAGCCAAAAAACAGGUGCUUCUGUGACAAGAACUGUUUUCUGGGGAGGCAUUAUUUCCACUUCGGUUCAUCGAACAUUGGUUUUAUUUAUAUUUCUGCAUUCCAUCCAGUUUCCUACAUUCCAGCAGCCCUGUUGUCCUCUCAUGUAAUGAACUGACUGAAAUCGAGAGAGCACCCCAAAGUUAUCUGUAAAUAGCUGUGAUGGAAAAAAAAAGGCACAUUAAACUUGAAGAUGAAAUGUGAACAGUUAUUUUUUUGGAUUCAGACUUAUUUUGCUAUGCACAAAACAUUCACGUUUUUAACACAGAGAAGUAGUAAGUGUUAGCAUCGUGCGUCUUGAAGUAUAAUUUUGCACUGUAACUUGGGUAAUGAAAGAAAGUCUAACGCCAAAGGUAAAUAAUCAGGAAAUGGCAUCGGAAAGUGGAGGUAAUAAAAAGAUGUAUUGUUUAACCAAAAAGCUUCUUGAAGGACGGCUCUGACCGAGUGAGCCAGAAUUACUCACGGCACGUAGGGCCCGGAUCAGGAAACCAGCACUUCUUACCACUGCCAGUCUUAAGGGAGGAAACGAUUGUGAGAAAAGCAGACGUGCUCACUUUAUUGUAAUUUAGUUGGUGGCUUCCAGAAAACGCUGCAGGAUUCACGGUCUCUGGUGUGAAACCGCGAAAGUGAGUUAGCGAGUUGGUGGGGCAGCCGCAUGAACACCCAGGCAGGCUCCGGAGAAGGUUAGGUAAGUGGCGUUUGGAGACGGAGUGGCUUAGGAAGGAGUGAAAAGUAAGUUCGAUCAAAGCACGACUAGAGAAGAGCCAGCGAAGGCAAGGGAGCUGUGUUGGUUGGAGAGAUUCACAUAAGGCUUAACAGACACAACCACCUAUUUGAGGCCGUUACGUGCACGUGCACUCGCCCAUCCCAGCCCUUCAUCUUCCGAAGUCUCGUGGAGGCUGACUGCAGCUUCGCCUCCAUGAAAAGCCAUUGUAAGUUUUUAGAGCGGCGGCAGCCACAAUUCACAAGACAAAUACAAGGGUGAACACAGAGCAGAGGAUACCGGGACGAUGGUGUGCAUUGAACCGCGGACUGACUGCCGUCGGUCAAUGCCAGCAUCUGCCGUGGGCAGGAUGGAGGGGUUACUGAAAAUGGUCGUUUGCAUUGGCAGCUAGCGGUUAUUUCCUGUCAAAUAAAUGUACUGUGCACUUUAAGCUAACUUAAAAGAUGUUUUAAUAUUUUCCUGUACUGCACAAAUACCUGUUUUAUCGAAUAGCAUAAUGAUGUAAAAAAGACAUUUUGGACAAAGAGCGUAUUCAAUGUAAACAACAGGCCAAGGUUGAUACAGAAAUAGGAACUUAGUUUGCUGCACCUUGACGGGCAUUCAGAAUGCAGGGUCCUGAGAUAUUUUUUUACGUGUAUAUAUUGGCAACAUGAAGCUCUGUAAUCCUUGUUCUGAGAGGGUUUUUUUUUUCCCCCAAAAUUAAAAUAUUUCUUUGGAUAUUCAUCUUCAGUAUUUUUCUUAAAGUUGGCUGUAUAAUACAAAUGGCUUCAAUACUUUGUGCAAUGGCUUUUUUUCUUUUACGUGCAGUCCUUGUAUGGCUAAGACGUCUUCAAGAUCCUUGUACACUGUUUAUAUGUGCAAUAAAAUGUGCGUGGCCAGCUGAGAGUCCCUAAGUGGACAGAAUGUACAUAGUGCGAAUAUCCUCUCUUUUAUUAUUUAACAGUCAUUAAAACUUUGAAUUUGUACAAA